AUUUUGAAAUUAUAAAGUUGUUGGGUUGACUUUAAGUGCAAAUAUAUUUGUGCAAUCGAUUUUCAGCAAUUAUUAUCAACAAAUUAGCAUAAAGAAUGUGUUAUUUUCACUGCUACAUACCACCGACACAUUUUAUUUACAUUAUCCAUCAUUUUUGAUCAUUUCUUACCAUUGAAAAUUUCAUUUUAUUUUUUUCUCAUCAUUGUGGCUCCUAAAUAAAUAGUUUUUCUGCCAUAUUGGCUACACAAUUUCUACACUUUUUCUUAUCCCAUAUCCCGAAAUCCCUAGCCAAUUUUAUAUAGGAUAAGUUAGGAACUGUGCAAAUAAAUAAUUUUGUUUUUCUAUUUUAUCGACGGAAAAUUGAAUUGAAAAAUUGUAAAACGAAUCGUAAUCCGUAAAUGAACGAAUCAUUGUUAAAAUGAAUAUACAGACAAUUAAAAAUGUUAGUGAUUGUGUACCGUUAUACUUACCGCACUCGCUGUAUCUUAAGCCAUUCGCAAAGUUCAAUGUAUCCGUGUCGUUGCCACAAGCAACCACUGGAAAAGCCAUAUCCAACUGGGAUGUUAUGGAAAAAUUGCGUCACAUAAUACUACCGGACCAAUUUUCAGUGUUAAAGGUGUCAAAGAGCACCUUAGAGUUCAUUCGAUUCGAAGCGGAAUUGGAAGAUUUUUCCAAACUGCGUGAUGUCCUUUCACGACUCGAUGGACGUACAUUGAAAUUAGCUAAUUUUGCCGAUCCAGUCAAAAUUCGUGCUGCACAAGCGAAAGACGAUUUCCCGUCACGCCAUGAAUGGGACAAAUAUUUUCGAGACAGCCGUGACAUGGACGAAAUGAAAUGGGGUGAACGACCGGACACAAUGCACGUAUCAAAUUUACCGAUACGAUGGUUCUGUCCGCGACACCAGGAAAACGAUGAUGUGGUCAAGCCGAGCGAAAGUAUUUUUAAGCGAAUUUUUGAGAAAUUCGGCGAUGUCAGAAUGGUUGACAUACCCAUUUGUGAUCCGUAUCGAAAGGAGAUGAAACCGCACAUGUCCGGUAUGAAGACAUUUUCAUUCGAUCAGGAAUUGUACUUUGAAGGUUACAUCCAGUUCUCUGAGUAUGCGUAUUUUGUGAAGGCAAUGGACGAGUUUCGUGGAAUGAAACUGGUACGGAAGGAGGGCGACAAGAAUCUGGCGGUUAAUAUUAUCGUCGACUUCGAUCGUACGAAGCACUUGAGCGAUGCAAGUGUGAAGAGAAGGAAAAUUGUGCGUGACAAAUUUAUUGCAAAAGAUCGUGCGAAAGAAGAGGAUGAGAAACGCAAAUUGCAACUGGAAGAGGAGAAAAAGGAACGACAAAGACGUCAAGCAGAGGAGCAACGAAUGGCCGAAUUGGAUAAGCAACGGCUUCGCGAAGAACAGCGCAAAGAAAAGCAUCUGAAGAAGUUGCGUGAAAAGGAACAGCAAGAAAUGUCCAGCAAAAUACGAUCAGAGGAAAAGAAACUGUUAAUCGCACAGCGUAAAUUGGAAAGCAUUCGGGUGUUGGAAGCGCUGUUUGACCGAAUCAAGUUGAAUGCCAGCCACAAGAUCAAAGUGGAGGGAUCGAAAGUACCGAAAUUUAAAGGCGGACAAAUUGGCACCAUCGAUUUGCGUAACAAGUUGAUGAACCGUUUCAAAAAUACGCAGGAGAUUGAGUUGGAACGCCAAAAGAAUCGUGUUAAGAAAGUCCGAAGCAGCGGGAUAUUGGGACUAGCUUUAAAAGGUGGACGUUCUCGAUCGCCCAGUGUGAAUACGAUAAGCUCGGAUGACAGUGUGUUCAAUGCUGGUGCAAAGAAGAAGAAAAAGAAAAAGUUGAAGAAGAAGAACGAAGAAGACUCGUCGUCGAGUUCCUCGUCCGACGAAGUUGAAAUUUCGCCCAAACAUCCCGCCGGUAUUGCACCACCUGGUGCGUUUCCCAUGUUCAAUCCAGAAACCGGUCAGUGGAUGGGAAUGAGUAUGGGAAUGGGAAUGUAUCCAUAUCCACCAUUUUUCGCACCGCUGUCAGCGCCGAUGGUUCGACCCGAUUAUUUCCAAAAUGCAAUGCCGUAUCGAGGCUAUCGUGGUGGACCGCGUGGUCGUUAUCCGCGCUCGAGAGGACGCGGUUCCUACAGAGGUCGUGGCGGAUACCAUGACGGAGACUACAAAUACGAAAAUGACGGUUAUGACGACGGCCACGAUCAUCGUCGUAAAUAUUCUCGCUCCAGAUCAAGAUCUCAUUCUCGUAGCCGUCGUUCCCGCAGUCGAAGUCGUUCGAGCAGCAGUAGAUCUCGGUCGCGUUCCAGAAACCGUCAUUCUCGGUCAAAUUCACGGUCGAAGUCUCGAUCGCGAUCAAAAUCCAAGAAGCUUGUGUCCACUCUAAGAAAAUCAUCGCGAGACGCGUGGUCCUCACGGUCGCGUUCACGUAGCAGAUCGAGACGUUCGAAGCGUUCGUGGUCUCGAGACGCAUCGAAAAGUAAAUCUCGCAGCAGGUCGAAACGCCGACGAAGUCGCAGUCGACGAGAUUCGGAGUCAUCAAAGCGAAUUGUCUUGCAACCGGAGAAGUUGGUGCGAAGUGCUAAAGAGAUUCAACGGACUGUUCAGCAAAAACUCCAUGAACAAGUAAUGGAAGAAGAACGGGCCAAACAAACGGAAAAGAAUCGAGAAUAUCAACGCGUUACUGAACGUCCCCAACUGAUACCAGCAACUGCAAGUAAUUCACGAGACGCAUCACAAUUGCCGUAUCAGAAAUCGUCGCGAUCCAGAUCAAAGUCCAGGUCGAAAUCUCGGUCUAAAAGAUCGAAAUCUCGUUCACAGUCGGUACAUAGUGCCGAAUUUAUUUCACCAAAAAGAUGCAAUGUGAGCGCGUCACCGUAACAACAUAAAAUCGAUGCACAUAGGCCGGGCAUAGUUUAUUUUUGUAGUUAAAUAAAAUAAAGAAAAGUUCCAAUGAAGUGGACACGGA